GAACUGUCAGCUCAGAGUGCCAGCUCAUCUUCGACCAUCAGGAGCUUGCCCCAAUCCCGAUAUCUACGUUCGUAUUGAUUUUGAGGAUCAAUUAGGAUGGCACGAUGAUCUUAAGCCCAUCGUCUUUGCUGGUGAAUGCAAGACGGAGAAGACAAGGAGCAGGAAUACUCCGGCGCAACUGGCAGUAGCAUUCCAUGCGACGCUGAUUAUCCUCAUCUUUUAUUACCUGGAUAAUCGGUCAAGUGCCAGCGAUCCACUGCCGGCAUGGCUUUUCCUGUAUGGAAUCGAAUACACCGAACACGGCUUCUUUGUGCACAUUCAUUUUCCAUAUUACAACUUUGACGGUCCAAACCCCGGCUGGGGAUUCGUCUCUGCAAAGUUCACCGACGAGUUCUCUAAAGUGUUCAAGAAUGGUGAUAGAGAUCUGAGGUUGUUGGCAUUGGCUUUACUGUUCCGUAUGCGGAGCCAAGGGAUGUUUGUUAUGGAGAAACUGAAGGAAUGGAAGCGGGCUCCCAGAGUGCUUGCGGUGUUGCAAAAGCAAGCCUCUGCACCUGAUUCUCUUGCAGCGGCUUCUGGAGAAUCACCAGAGCGUAAAAAGGGACCGAGGGUGACGCUGUAA